AUGGCGAAAGGAUUCAAUGGCGUCAACGUAUCCUUCGUUGGUACCCAUGAGCAUAGCGACAAGAUGCCCAGAUGGCUGAAAGCGAAUGGUGGCAUUUACUCUCGCAACAUUGAUGAAUCUGUCACCCAUCUCAUUGCGACCGAAUCGGCUGUGAAAGCAAAUGUUGACGCAGCGUCAGGGAAGGUUGACAGUUUGCGAACUACAGUGGAAAAAGCCAGAUCUCUUAAAAUCAAAAUUGUCACCUAUGACUGGCUUGAAGAUUCUCUGCUUUCGAAAACAUGCAAGCCCAAGCGCGAAGGUCCAUAUCUUUGGGAUCGGAUCCUGAGAGAGAGCAAGCCCAAAGGGGUCAAGAAACCAGAAAACAAAGAGGCACGCCAGAAAAAGCUGAAAAGGCUUGAUUCAGGUAACUACCCUACACGAGAGAGAGAGAGAGAGAGAAACGGCAACGGAACGGAAUUCAAUAUAACGUUGUUCGCAGAAAAACUCUUAGGGGAACUUUCGCAAGGCGCACGUGCUAUUGUAUCUGACAUGGAAAGACUGGGCUAUCAUCUUUACGUUGACGAUUCCACUGGAGUAAGCUAUUCUGCAACUCUAGUUCGCAAUACACUCGUGAACGACCGUUCUCGCAAAGAAACCUUUCACACUGGUGUGUACGAAUCAAACGAUAUGCCGCACAAUUACACGACAUUUGUCAAAUACACUCGGGCUGGGGCAUCUAGUAAGGACAUGCUGGCCCCCAAGGGAAGCCUUGACUCUGCUUUGUUCGCAUUCAAGAAGUUCUUCCAUAUGAAAACUGGGUUGGAAUGGAAAGGUCGAUUCGAUGAUUCAAAGGUUCCUGUUUCGUGUGGGAAAGAGGGAGAUAUUGGCUCUUCAGACCAAGGAUGGUUUCGAUACGAACGCCCGGCUGGUUUGAUGGCGGCCUUGAACAUUGAUGCCGAAAGAACACUUUGUGGUGAACAGAUUGAAACUGGCAGUGUUAAUGAAGAAGGCGAAGCAGAAGAUGAUGCAGCUCUCGCUUCUGUGGACGACAACAUCUGA